AUGUACAGCUUCAAUACUCUUCGACUCUACCUUUGGGAGACCAUUGUAUUCUUCAGCCUUGCUGCUUCCAAGGAGGCUGAAGCCGCCCGCUCCGCGCCCAAGCCUAUGUCACCCUCGGAUUUCCUGGAUAAGCUAAUGGGGAGAACCUCUGGAUAUGACGCCAGGAUCAGGCCCAACUUUAAAGGUCCCCCGGUGAAUGUGAGCUGCAACAUUUUCAUCAACAGCUUCGGUUCCAUUGCUGAGACAACUAUGGACUAUAGGGUCAACAUCUUCCUGAGGCAGCAGUGGAACGACCCCCGGCUGGCCUACAAUGAAUACCCGGAUGACUCUCUGGACCUGGACCCAUCCAUGUUGGAUUCCAUCUGGAAGCCUGACCUGUUCUUCGCCAACGAGAAGGGGGCCCACUUCCACGAGAUCACCACUGACAACAAACUGCUGAGGAUCUCCCGGAAUGGAAAUGUCCUCUACAGCAUCAGAAUCACCCUAACACUGGCCUGCCCCAUGGACUUGAAGAAUUUCCCCAUGGAUGUCCAGACGUGUAUCAUGCAACUGGAAAGCUUUGGAUAUACCAUGAAUGACCUGAUCUUCGAGUGGCAGGAGCAGGGAGCUGUGCAGGUGGCAGAUGGACUAACUCUACCCCAGUUUAUCCUGAAAGAAGAGAAGGACUUGAGAUACUGCACAAAGCAUUACAACACAGGUAAAUUCACCUGCAUUGAGGCCCGGUUCCACCUGGAGCGACAGAUGGGCUACUACCUGAUCCAGAUGUACAUUCCCAGCCUACUCAUUGUCAUCCUCUCGUGGAUUUCCUUCUGGAUCAACAUGGAUGCUGCACCAGCCCGUGUGGGCCUGGGCAUCACCACUGUGCUCACCAUGACCACCCAGAGCUCUGGCUCCCGAGCAUCCCUGCCCAAGGUGUCCUACGUGAAAGCCAUUGACAUUUGGAUGGCAGUGUGCCUGCUCUUCGUGUUCUCAGCCCUGCUUGAGUAUGCCGCUGUCAACUUUGUGUCUCGGCAGCACAAAGAGCUGCUCCGAUUCAGGAGGAAGCGAAGACAUCACAAGAGCCCCAUGCUGAAUCUGUUCCAGGAGGAUGAGGCCGGAGAGGGCCGCUUCAACUUCUCUGCCUACGGGAUGGGCCCAGCCUGUCUGCAGGCCAAAGAUGGCAUCUCGGUCAAAGGCACCAACAACACCACCACCACCAACCCCCCUCCUGCACCAUCUAAGUCCCCGGAGGAGAUGCGAAAACUCUUCAUCCAGAGGGCCAAGAAAAUCGACAAAAUAUCCCGCAUUGGCUUCCCCAUGGCCUUCCUCAUCUUCAACAUGUUCUACUGGAUCAUCUAUAAGAUCGUCCGCAGGGAGGAUGUUCACAACCAGUGA